CACAAUGGUUUCCCAUUAUUUGCGAGCAAUAAAGUGGAAUAGAAAUUAACACUCUAUCAUCCAUCAUCCUUUACCCACUUCACAAUCAUUCAUUCAUUCGUUCACGUGCCCCUUUUCAUGAUGGCUUCUGAUUCUGACUCUUCCGCCGCCGCAGAAAAGAUGAAAGACAGUUUCGUCGUAGAAGAUGAGCAUGUUUCCAACGAAGAGAUCCAUCUCACGGUGCUAAAAACCUCCCUCUUCUUCGCCGGUGAUGGAUUCACCGUGUAUGAUUGUAAGGGUGAACUCGUUUUCCGCGUUGACUCGUAUGGACCUGACAGCAGCGACACGGAUGAGCUUGUUCUUAUGGAUCCCAACGGUCGUUGUCUUCUCACCGUUCGCCGGAAGAGGCCUAGUUUACAUCAACGGUGGGAAGGCUUCAAAGGUGAGAGAUCGGACGGUGACAAACCAAUCUUCAGCGUGAAGAGAGCAUCGAUCAUCGGACGAUCGAGUGUGACAGUGGAGGUGUACAAUAGCCCAGGUGAGGAGUACCAGAUCGAAGGGUGCUUCUCGCAGCGUUCCUGCACAUUUUUCAACAUGAUGAAGGAAUCAGUGGCUGAGAUUCAUCGUAAGGUGGACCCCACCACAGGUGUCAUGCUUGGGAAGGAGGUGUUUUCUCUUAGCGUGAAGCCUGGUUUUGAUGCUGCUUUUGCCAUGGGUUUUGUGCUUGUUCUUGAUCACAUCAGCGGUGAGAGUUUCUUUGAUGAUGAUGAUGAUGCCACAGCUGAGCCUACAGUGCACCCUACUAUUACUACACAAGAUUAGCAACUCCUCUACUAUUAGUUAUGGUGCAUUGCAAUUUGCAAGGUUAAUCAUGCAAUUUGGUAACUAUAUAUUUUGAAUGAACUUUCUUUAAAUUUUUCAUGGCAUGGGGUUUUAUUUAAUUUAACCUGCUAAUAAUCUUUGGAAUUUGGAGUGUCCCUUAAAAAGGGAACAUGUGCCCCUUCUUUUGUGGAUCAUGCCCUUGAAAAAGUGAUGUUUCUAUUUAUUAUGUGAUCGUGUAAAUUUUAUAUUUAUUCAUAAAAAGUAUACACAUUCUGCUCCA